AUGCAAAUACUCAUCACCGGAGCUGCCGGCUUCAUUGGCCAACUCGUAGCGAAAAAGCUACUCGAAGACAAAAAUGCCGCUCACUCACUCAUCCUCACUGACAUCAUCGAACCUCCCGUCCCAAAAUCCACUCAAUCAUCCAACAAUAUCCAAGCCAUCCGCGCAGAUCUAUGCACCGAAUCCUCCUCCGUCGUAACUCCCAAUCUAGACGCCAUCUUCAUCUUCCACGGCAUCAUGUCCUCCGGCGCAGAAGCCGACUUCGAUCUCGGUAUGCGCGCCAACUUCGACGCCACCCGCGCUUUACUCGAAGCCAUCCGCAAGACCAGCCCAGGAAGCCGAGUAAUCUAUGCCUCAAGCCAAGCCGUAUACAAUAAUUCUGUCACAUUGCCGGUUACGGAAUCGCAGCUUCCAACCCCAGAGACCAGCUACGGCGCCGAAAAAAUGAUGUGCGAGUACCUUAUCACAGAAUAUACGCGCCGCGGUUUCAUAGACGGAAUCUCGCUGCGUUUCCCCACUGUGUGCGUGAGACCAGGGAAACCCACCGCAGCAGCGAGUUCUUUCAUCAGCGGUAUGAUCCGCGAGCCCAUGAAUGGCAUCAAAUGCGUUAUCCCACUCUCAGAUAAGCAAUGGCGUCACUGGCUCUGUUCGCCACGCAUCCUAGUCCAGAAUCUCGUCUACGCCGCUACACAGUUCGACACCACUCGCCUUGCUACUUUUGACCGUGUGCUAAAUUUCCCGGGCAUUGGUGUCUCGAUUCAGGAUAUGAUGGAUUCACUUGCGAGGGUGGGCGGGAAAGAUAAGUUGGCGCUGCUGGAGAUGAGGGAGGAGGAGGAGUUGAAGAGGAUUUUGGAGUCGUGGCCUGCGGAGUUUGAUAAUAGGAAGGCUUUGGAGCUGGGGUUUCAGAGAGAUGAGGGAUUUGAUCGAAUUGUCAGAGAUUAUGUGGAAAGUUUGGGGGAGAAGGUGGGUGAGGAGCAGGUUGGGGGGAAGGCGGAGGGAGCUGGACAGUGA